GAGUUUUGAUAAAGCGGAAUAUCGCGUAUUUUUGGCAUGGAAUGACACCUUUCUCACCAGGAGCUUCAAAAACACGAUGGCAACCCGUUUAGUGAAGUGGAUCUGUCUCACCUCUCUGCUCUGCCUGGGCUGCUGUGUUCUGGCGGAAAAGAAAGUAUGCCAAGGCAUCACCAACCGUUUGAACCUUCUGGGCUCCAAAGAGGACCACUACCUUAACAUGGUGAAGACUUAUAGUAACUGCACCGUGGUCCUGGAGAACCUGGAGAUCACCUACAUGGAGGACCACCGUGACCUGUCCUUCCUUUCGUCUAUUGAAGAAGUGGGCGGCUACGUGCUGAUCGCCCUCAACACGGCGUCUAGGAUUCCUCUACAGAAUCUUCGCAUCAUUCGGGGCCAUUCGCUCUACGAGGGACUGUUUGGCCUCGCUGUGCUGACCAACUAUGAAAAAGCUACAGGUCAGGGCACCAAUGAGCUCCUUCUGACCAGCCUGACGGAAAUUCUUAAAGGAGGUGUAAAGUUUGGGAACAACCAGCCGUGCAAUGUGGAAACAAUACAGUGGUACGACAUCGUCAACGCUGAGAACAAACCCAGAAUGGAGCUCCCGCUAGCCACCAGCCAUCCACGCUGUGAAAAAUGUGACCCAAGCUGCAAUAAUGGCUCAUGCUGGGCACCUGGUCCUGAAAACUGUCAGACCUUAACAAAGCUGAACUGUGCACAGCAGUGCUCGAAGAGAUGCAAAGGUCCGUCACCCAGCGACUGCUGUAAUGAACAUUGUGCUGCCGGCUGCACAGGGCCGCGACCCACUGACUGUCUGGCCUGUCGGGACUUCAAGGACGACGGGGUGUGUAAGGACUCCUGCCCAGGCCUCUUCCGCUAUGACCCCAACCUGCACCAGCUGGUACCCAACCCGCAGGGAAAGUACAACUUUGGGGCCACCUGUGUCAAGAGCUGCCCACAUAACUAUGUAGUAACUGAUCAUGGAGCGUGUGUGCGGACGUGCAGUGUUAACACGUAUGAGGUGGACGAGGGAGGAAUCAGGAAGUGCGCCAAGUGUGAUGGACUGUGCCCAAAAGUGUGUGAUGGACUCGGAUCAGGAAACCUGACACAAACCUUGUCUAUCAAUGCCACCAACAUUGACUCCUUUAAAAAUUGCACAAAAAUCAAUGGUAACAUUGCGAUCAUCCACACCUCGAUUCAUGGGGAUUCAUACACCAAAACACCAAAGCUGGAGGCAGCCCAGCUUGAUGUGUUUAAGACGGUGAAGGAAAUUUCUGGGUACCUGUUGAUUCAGACGUGGCCAGAGAGCAUGAGCUCACUCAGUCCUUUUGAGAAUCUGGAAAUCGUUCGAGGCCGAACUAAACGUGGAACCCGCAGUGUGAUAAUGGCUCAGCUCAGCAUCAGCUCCUUGGGACUUCGCUCCCUCAAAGAAAUCAGCGAUGGGGAUGUGGUCAUCAUUAAGAACCAGAACCUGUGCUAUACCGCCAAAAGCCACUGGAAGAGGCUCUUCAAAUCAAACAGCCAAAGUGCGACCAUAGACGACAACGCUGAUGCUGCCGCAUGUGCCCUGAGGAACAACACUUGUGACAGGAAGUGUACCGCGGAGGGCUGCUGGGGCCCCGGCCCCGACAUGUGUUUCGCCUGCCGUGACUACAGCCGUGAUGGGAGCUGUGUUGACUCCUGCAACAUCCUGGAGGGGGAGCCGCAGGAGGCUGUCGUGAAUAAAACCUGCGUGGAGUGUCACCCCGAGUGUCAACGAAUGAAUGGGACUGCAACCUGCACAGCGCCAGGUUCUGGAAACUGUUCUCAGUGUGCCCACUUCCAAGACGGUCUGUUUUGCGUGUCUCGAUGUCCCCAAGGAGUGCCGGGGGAAGACGACACACUGGUGUGGAAAUACGCAGAUGCGAUGAAAGUGUGCAGGCUCUGCCACAAGAACUGCACUAAUGGGUGCAUUGGGCCUGGUCUCUCAGGCUGCCAGACCAAAAUCUCCUCUGGCCUUUCCAUGAUUGCGGCUGGUGUAGUUGGUGGGAUGCUGGCGGUCCUCAUUGCAGGCCUGUCUGUGUUUGUGUUGCUACGCCGCCGCCACAUUAAGAGGAAGAGAACCAUGCGGAGACUUCUGCAGGAGAGAGAGUUGGUUGAACCUCUCACUCCAAGCGGAGAGGCUCCAAACCAGGCUCUGCUGCGGAUCCUGAAGGAACCCGAAUUUAAGAAAAUCAAAGUGCUGGGAUCAGGAGCUUUUGGUACAGUUUACAAGGGUCUGUGGGUUCCAGAGGGAGAGGAUGUGAAGAUCCCGGUGGCCAUCAAGGUUUUGAGAGAAGCCACAUCACCAAAAGCAAACAAGGAGAUCUUGGACGAGGCUUUCGUGAUGGCCAGUGUGGAACACCCCCAUGUGUGUCGUCUGCUUGGCAUCUGCCUGACCUCCACAGUGCAGCUCGUCACCCAGCUGAUGCCCUACGGCUGCCUGCUGGACUACGUCAAAGAGAACAAGGAUAAUAUCGGCUCCCAGUAUCUGCUCAACUGGUGUGUGCAGAUAGCCAAAGGAAUGAACUACCUGGAGGAGCGCCACUUGGUACACCGUGACCUGGCAGCAAGAAACGUCCUGGUGAAGACUCCUCAGCAUGUCAAGAUCACUGACUUUGGUUUGGCCAAACUCCUCAACGCAGAUGAGAAAGAGUACCAUGCAGAUGGUGGAAAGGUACCAAUAAAAUGGAUGGCUCUUGAAUCUAUCCUGAACAGAACAUACACACACCAGAGUGACGUUUGGAGUUAUGGCGUAACAGUUUGGGAGCUGAUGACAUUCGGGACCAAGCCGUAUGAUGGGAUUCCAGCCAGUGAAAUAGCAGGAGUCCUGGAGAAAGGAGAGCGACUGCCUCAGCCACCAAUCUGUACCAUAGAUGUCUACAUGAUCAUGGUGAAAUGUUGGAUGAUUGAUGCAGAAAGUCGACCUCAUUUCCGGGAGCUGAUAGCUGAGUUUACAAAAAUGGCUCGGGAUCCUUCUCGAUAUCUGGUCAUUCAGGGCGAUGACCGUAUGCACCUGCCAAGUCCCACAGACACUAAAUUGUACCGCACCCUGAUCAGCGAGGACGGCUUGGAGGACGCUGUGGACGCAGACGAGUACCUGGUGCCACAACACGGCUUCUUCAGCAGCCCGAGCACCUCCCACACCCCCCUGCUGCACUCCACGAGCUUCAACAGUAGCAUUGGAACUUGUCACAGCAGAAAUGGCUUAAUGAAUGGAUACCCGAGCAGAGAUGGAAGCAUAGUACUCCGGUAUAUUCCUGACCCCACUGACAAACAUUUAGAUGAUGCCUUCCUGCCAUCUCCAGACUACAUGAACCAGAACGGAGUCUCGGAUGUGAUGAAUCCCAACUACCAGCACCCAGGUCCGCCUCGCAGCGUCCUGCCCACCAUCGCUUCAGACGACACGGAGACAGAGUACCUGAACUGCUUUAAAAACGGGGUCAACGGACCUGAGUACCUCAACGAGGUCCGGUCUCCCGCCAUCCUCCCGCUCACCUCCAACGGCACAGUCCACAGCAUUCAGAAAUACCAGCCCCAGCACAGCAUAGACAACCCUGACUACCAACAAGAUUUCACCCCCAGCUUCAAAAGCCACGCUAACGGGCACAUCCCAGCAGCGGAGAACGCAGAGUACCUGGGCCCAGACUGAGGGCUUAGUGGAUACAGACGAUAAAUAUAAGACUGCUUCCUGUUCCAUUAAGAACAUCAAUGUCCUGGCAGAGAAAGCAAAGCUAAGUGGUACCAUCAAUCAUAAAACAUUGUGUCUUAUGGAGUCAAGUGACACUUUGUGCAGCUUUCCGUGUUGUUUGCAUGCAGUCACGCAAAAAAAAAAAAACCCUCUCAUUCCAAAGAGUUUUUAUAACCAUCAAACUACGGUAGCGGACUCAUACAUGACUGUGUUGCUGGACCAGAAACACUCUGAUGUACGUUGUAAACCCCUGUCAGAACGUGAAAAUCUCACAAAAAGUUGUGCACAAAUUGCUGUAUGUGAUCCAAAUGUGUUAGUAGUGAACUGCCAUUAAAAAAAGGUGUAAAUGCCUCAUUUUUUUAGGAGGCAGAAGCUCUACUGCAAAGAACAUAAACUGGCAGCUCAACCCAAAACACAACAUAAGGUACAGUAGAUUUGCAUGUUAGAUACACAAUCGGUCAACAGAACUGACAUGUUGGAAUUAGAAAGGGUGACAACACACAGGGGUGCACCCACUUGACGCUGAUGUGAAGGCUUGGAACAUUUCUCUGUGGUGAAGUCAAGACGAUUAAAGGAAGAUUUUAAGAAUGAAAUGCUGGCUCAAAUGUUGGAGUCCUCGGAGGGCUGACGACACUCAUCCUGAAGGAUGAGUCAACGAGGAAACAAAAAUGUAUAGAAUGUAUAGUCUGUGUAAAAGGGGGAAUACUGGUGAAUUGUGUUGUUGAAAUAUGUUACUUUUAUGCUCUAAGACAGUUCUGUAUACAAACUGGCUGCUUUCUCACUUUUGAUUGAAACGAGAGUAAGAGUUUCCUGCGUCCCCUGAUAUGUGAUAUCACACUAACUAUGUCGAGAAUGUUGAGGUAAAUAUGACAAAUGUGAUUGUGGUCGUAUUCACACUGCAGCACUACUGUAGCAUGAAGCAUAUUUGUGUGGACAAAGUUAACUAAACUCUGAUUAGUUUGUGUCCCCAGGAAGAAUUUUCUGGUCCUUUUUACUCAUUCUUUGCAACCGUCAAUGUGUUUUUGUUUUUUUACUGAUAUAAAAAUCUUUGGCAGGAAAACUAAAAAGAUUCAAAAUAGUGGAAGGAUUAAAGGGGCAGUUUGGAUUUUAUGAAGUGCUGUUGUAUGAGGUACUAGAAUAGAAUAGAGAAUAGAAUAGCCUUUAUUGUCAUUGUAUAUAUACACAAUGAAAUUGGAGCGCAACUCCCAUUGGUGCAAAAUAAGAAACUCAAAAUAUAUAUAUACAUACACGGGAAAAAAAGAAAAUAAAAAUAGAAUAAAUCAAUAAAUAAAACAAAAUAGACUUUUUACAUGGGCUGUGCUUAAAAAUGUGUCCUCAGAUAUUGUUCAGUAAAUUGUCCUUGUGGAGUUCAGUUCAGAGAUAGCCCUGGGGAAAAAGCUGUCUCUGAACCUGCUGUACAAGAAACUGUAUUAAAUGUUUAAAAUGCAAAAUGUAAGAAACUGUAUUCUGUUACAGUUUAUAUCAAUGGUAUUCUGAAAACAGUUACUGUCUUUAAAAGAUCACUUGAAGAGAUUACUUUAUAACCUCCGCUAAGGAGGUCAUGCUUUGGGUUGUGUUUGUCUGCGUCAGGAUUACAAAAAAACUACUGGCCUGACUUUUAUGAAACUUGGUGGCAGGGUGUCUUAUGGCUCGAGGGAGAACCUAUUAAAUGUUGGAGCUGAUCAGAAUCAUGGGGGCGGAUACACAGAUUGGAGAAGCAGGCACAAGUACAGUGAUGGAAGCUAAGCAAUGUAGUGCAGAGGACGGGGAAAAACUUAUUUUAGCAAUUUACAGAAAGGCCCAUUUUAAAAAUAUUAGUUUCAGUAUAUGUUUUAUGUAUAAUAUUUUCACCAUUUUAUCUUGCAAUCUCACAGUUCUUUCCACUGGGGACUGAGGUGUGACUUUGUUGAAUCUGAACCAACCCUUUAACCCAUUGAAGCCUGGAAAGCGGAUACGUCGUUUUGUAGUAUUUGUAUAAGCUCUCAAAUACUUUUUGAAUUUAAUUUCUACCUGCUACAGAGACUGAAAAAUCUAUUAUUUAGUAGAAGCAUUGAAACUUCUGUUGAAUUUCCAGAAAAACUUCAGGUUUUAGGGGCUUAUUUUAAAAUCGCCCAGAGGUUUUACAGGUGUUUUAGGCGUCAAUGGGUUAAAACACAAAAAUGAUACAAUAACUCAAAGAAAUAAACAGACUGAGACAGCUGUGGACCAGCAAUGUGUUAUGCGAGGUAAAAUUAAUGUUAUUGUCAAUGGAGUCUGGUUGCUUUGAAGAGAGAAUAGAUAACAGCUUCAGUUCCCUGGUGUAAACUGAAGUCUGUCUGAUGGCAAGGUAAAUCAGUGAAAAUAUUCUAAAUAUACCAUAAACUUUUUUUGUCUUUUUUUUUGGUGGAAAUAAUAUGUUUAGCUUUUCCCCCGGUCCACAUACCUCAUACAACUCCACAAAAAUCUGAACUAUUCCUUUAAAAAAGACACUUCCACUUUCUUUUUUGUUUGUUUCAAAAUGCUGGUAGAACUGUCUUAGGUCAUGUGAGUAACUUGUCUGAAGUUUUAGAUUAGAAGUAGUAUUUCCCUGUAAACACAAGCUGUUUUACAGACUAUUUGACAGAAACAAAGAAUGUUUCUCAUGUGUCUAUAUUAUUACCUGGAGACCUUUCCUUGUCUUGUUUUUUAAAAACAAAAGUAUAGAUGGUUGUUUCACACAGGGUGUUGACACCAUAUCCAGUCUGCUCUUAGCUUUAAAGUCUUGUAGUCUGUGCAAGAGCAUUAACUUUGCAAAUGUUAUUCCUAGUUUUAAAGGAAUAUAUUAUUGUAGCAACCUGAAAGCCUACUUUUGCAGAUUUUACACAGGUACAUGUACAGAAAACAGUGAUUAUACUGUAAUAUACCCAAAAAUAGUCACCCAUAAUUUAUACUCAGUACACAGUUUUGUCACAUCAUACGUGAAUAUGCACUUAUUCCUGAAUUGUGAUUAUUUCAUUCAAACGUGAACAUGAAUAAAAUCUUUUUUCUAUGGAA